UGAUGAAUUUAUGAAAGAAAGGCUCAUCGAAGCUCCAUUAUCCUGGCCCUACCCUGUAGGAGUGAAUGGAAAUGACGUUGAAACCAGUUACUUGAGCAGAAAACCGCUGUCAAUCAUUCUUAAAGGGGAAGGAUUGCAAUUAACAACCCAAUCCUAAUCCCGUUGUUUCACCUCCUACACCGCUUCAGUUUUGUCCACCUCUUUCCAUCCAACUCCACUCCUCUUCCACUAUCCACUCUGAGCCAGAGUGGGUGCUGCCGAACUUAGCUGCUGAUUGCUCUUUGCACUGGUUGGCUUUUAUGGGGCUGUUUCUGACACACAGAUGAUCAUUGGAGGGAUGUAAAGCAGCAAGUGGAGUGAAUUUAGGCACCACAGAAAGAGCACAUAGUGGAUCUGGGAAACGUAAAGUUGGGAGGUGAGCUGCUGAGAGAAGCAGGUAGACCACUGGCAUCACUAACUUUGGCUGGUCAGCAUAGUUGCUUGUAAAAGGGUGAUUCCCAAAUGCUCGAAUGCAUUUAUCACUUGAUACCAUGAGCAUGGUGGACGACAGCUGCAUCUCUCCCAGCAACUUCCACGAAAUGGGGAAAGGUGGGGGUGCCGCAGUAGGGGGCCGUGUCCACAGCAUUGAUGUCAUCCUUGGUUUCAGUAAAGACCAGGAUCCCUUGCUAAGUCCUGCCGGGGCCCUGGGGCCCCAAAAAGUGAACAGGGAUGACUUGGCAGAACAUGGGAAGCAGCAGGAACCUUCAUCACCAUCGUCCUACAGCGGACACCUUUCCUCUGUGAGGACCAGCAGCUCAGAGCAGCAGCAGUACCACGACACUUGCCUGUAUGGAAACAAGAGUGAUGAGGAGCUGUGUGAGCUGAGGAAGAGCGUAGAGAGUGAUGAAGGCAAGUCUCCAGAGUCAUGCAAGGAUGAUCAUCCCAAGAAGAAACACAGGCGCAACCGCACCACCUUCACCACCUACCAGCUGCACGAGCUGGAGCGGGCCUUUGAAAAGUCCCACUACCCGGAUGUUUACAGUCGAGAAGAGCUGGCCAUGAAGGUGAACCUCCCCGAAGUUCGAGUCCAGGUUUGGUUUCAGAAUCGCAGAGCUAAAUGGCGUCGACAGGAAAAAAUGGAUGCAAGCACCAUGAAGCUCCAUGACUCCCCCAUGCUUUCUUUUAACCGUCCAGCCCCAGUCCACACCAGCAUGGGUCCAAUGACCAACUCUCUCCCUCUGGACCCCUGGCUUCCCUCUCCUCUUUCCAGUGCUACACCUGUCCACAGUAUCCCUGGCUUCAUGGGUCCAACUCAAGGCCUUCAACCCAGCUAUCCUAACCACAGCUUCCUUAAUGCUACACCCCAUGCCCAUCCUCACACUCAUCCUCACUCUCACUCUCAUCCGGCCAUGGGUCAGGGGAUGCAGAGUAUGGCUCCUCCUCCUUAUCAGUGUCCAGCAUCGUACCCUGAUAAGUACCCUCUGGAGGAUGUGGACCAGCGCAGCUCAAGUAUUGCAGCUCUAAGAAUGAAAGCCAAGGAACACAUCCAGUCUAUGGAUAAGACCUGGCAACCCAUGUGACCAACAAACCUGGCAACCC